AUGGUUAUGGUGGGCUCUCAGCAGCCUUGUGUUCAGGCUUAUACCCGACUGGUCAAAGUGUGGAAGCAGGGCUGCUCUGGACAUCAGUGGUGUGUGGGAUACGAGAGGAGGACGACAUACUACACCGGAUACAAGCAGAUGUACAACAUGCAAGCCCACACUGCCUACAAGUGUUGCCCUGGAUGGAGUCGGAAGGGUGGGGAAGUGGGUUGCCUGCAUCGAGGAUGUGACUCUGAGACUUGCUUUAACGGAGGCCGCUGCACAGACAGUGGGGAGCAGCUCUGUCACUGUCCCGAGGGCUUCAAAGGACCACAUUGCCAGUAUGAGACUCCCGGUGGGGGUCUUUUGGUUGUUAAAAGGCUCUCUGGAGGGAAACGCUGCUUUGAAGGCUGGAGUCACGAGAGUGUUGCGGCUAAGUAUGCACUCUGUAAAAGUAUAUGGUAA